AUGCAGAAGGUGGCAUUGGGAGGUGGGAGGGGACCGGCAGCGGGGAAGGGGAGCCGCUCCGCGACUCACCCACUCUGCCUCCACCAGGCCGCGCCCCCUGUGGUCCGUGACUCUCGCAGCUGCUAUCUGCGCAUUAAGGUGCACAGUCCAACGACGAAAUGCCAUGCUGCGGGAGGAAGUUUGAUAAAUUACUCCGAUACGAUGCCUCGCGAAAGUGGGAACGAGUGCCUUCGUCUCACGACAAAACAGUCUUACACACACCCUCCUUCCCUCGCUGGAUUAAAAGUCCGUGGGAUAAAAACGGGGUUCCGGUUCUGUGCGAACCCGCGCCCCUGCAAAAAGCGAGCGGGCGGGUUGCGAACGGAGGCGCGACAAAAAAAACAGGAGGAGGAGGAGACGGCCGGCGAAACGGGAACAGCUCGGCGCGACUUGAAAAUGUGCGUCCGCGCUAGGGCAAAGAAAAUUUGA